AUGUCUGAAACAGCUCAUGCUACUAGCUUCUGCCACCUAUUCCUGGACGGAGAAGACCAAUACUUGUUCGUGAAGAACUUAGGUUCAGGGGCAUACUCGCAGGCGCAGCUUGUUCUACACUUGCAGACUGGGGAAUUGCGCGUGAGGAAGGUGAGUCGCCGGCAUCUUGACGAAGAAGAAAAGAAAAAGGAGGACAGGGAGAAAGUCCUCUUCUACCUCCAAGAGCAGGCAGCCAAGCUGGGAGUCCAGCCUCCCAUAGCACAUCUGUUCUCAGCUCACGACGUGCCCGCAGCUCAAGGAAUGGGCAAGGGGAAAUGGUCCCGGGUGGCGUACAUGAAGUAUUACAACGGCGGCGACGUGUGCCAGCUGCACGAGGCUUACGAGGAAAGCGGCCAGGGGAUGCCCAGCUCCCUGAUCCUCAGGCUGCUGAAGCAGGUCGUCUGCGCGCUCUACUUCACCGGCACGUGCGGCGUGCUCCACGCGGACCUCCACGACGGUAACAUCUUGAUCCACCACAACGCCGCGCUGGGCGGGCGCCCGGACUUCUACAUCGCCGACUUUGGCGCGGCAGAGCGCGGCGCCUUGACUGAUUGCAUGAACAGGUACACGGACGACGUGGAUCACCUCUCCCAAGACUUGGACAAGUGGUUGUACGCCGGGCCGAAGGUUGACGAUCGAGACAGAGACGUGCUGUGGCGGUACCUGGACGCUGUUGUGUACACCGUCCUCUUAAAUCUCGCCAGCCAGCCCAUGGACCACCUCCCCGACCUUAAGCCGUUGAUUGACGUUCUCCAGUACGCGCCCGCCGGCCCGCCAGAAACACUACCCGUCGGGUAUGACCCCGAGCCCGAAGACGCGUGUGUGCCCUUGUACCAUAUUUCUGAGCAAGGUGCCCUCUGCGCGCAUGGAGUGGCUGGGCCGUGGCAUUUGGCACAGGUGAGUAUCGAUAGAUCCACAGGGCAUGUGUCAGUUGUCAAUAUCAGUCCCGAGACGCAUGACAAUGCGGCUAAUCCACGACUUAUUUGGGCCGACAGUGGCAGCACCUUGGGUGACAGUGACCGGGAAGCUGCUUUGGAGCGGAUAGCUUGA